AUGGCUGCAAAAUCAGUAAAAGUUGCUGAAAUAUCAAAAACUACAGCAAAUAAAGAACAAAAACAAAAAUCAACAGAAACAACAAAACAACGAAGUAGUAAUACACAACAGAAAAAGCAACAACAAAUUCGUUCAAAACAACAAAUUGCUGGAAGUAGUGAAAGUAGUUGUGAAAGUUUUUCUGACAAUAUUAAAAAUAAUUUUGAUGGAAAGGAAGGCAUUGGAUUUAAAUUAAAUUGGAUGAAUUUGCGAGAUGCUGAGAGCGGUAAAAUAUUAUGGCAAAGCACCGAGGAUUUAGCUAAUCCUAAUUUCGAACAUAAAGCCAAAAUUCCCAAAAAUAUUUUAAAAUGUAAAUCUGUCUCUCGAGAAAUUAAUUUUACGUCGGAAAGAAAAAUUGAAAAAUUUCGAUUGGAACAACGUGUAUUCCUUAAUAAUCGAGCAAUUGAAGAAUGGUAUUUUGAUUUUGGAUUUGUUAUUCCACAAUCAACUAAUACUUGGCAGGUAAAUAAAUUAUAA